AUGGAGCCGCCCAGUAACCGUAGCUCCCCGGCGGAGGCCGGCCCGGUGCUGCUGGGGGUGUCGGUGGCCUGCCAGGCCCUGCUGCUGCUCGGCCUGCUGCUGCUGUCCUGCCUGGGGAACCUGUCUGUGAUCGCGGUGAUCGCCAAACACCGGCAGCUCCGCACGGUGACCAACGCCUUCAUCGUAUCGCUGUCCGUGUCCGCCCUGCUGUCCGCCCUGCUCUGCCUGCCGCUCUCCCUGCUGCUCCUGCUGGGCCGGGGCCGGGCCUGGCUCUGCAAAGCCAGCGGCUUCUUCAACUCGUGUUUCGGCAUCGUGUCCUCGCUGACCAUGACCCUCAUCUCCCUGGACCGGUACUACGCCAUCGUGCGGCAGCCCCAGGAGAAGAUCGGCCGGGCCCGGGCCGCCCAGCUGCUGCUAGCCGCCUGGCUGACCGCCCUGGGCUUCUCGUUCCCCUGGUACCUGCUGGCCCGGGAGCAAUGGGUGGUCCACAGCCAGGGCUACCAGCACUGCAUGUAUGUCUUUCACUCGGGGGGCUCCAGGCUGGGGGCGGCCUACAGCAUCUCCCUGAUUGUACUGUGCUACCUGCUGCCCUUCUCCUUAAUGUGCUUCUGCCACUACAACAUCUGCAAGGCCGUCCGCCUGUCCGAGAUCCGCGUCCGGCCCGUCACCACCUACGCGCACCUGCUGCGCUUCUACAGCGAGAUGCGGACGGCCACCACCGUGCUGAUCAUGAUCGUCUUCAUCAUCUGCUGCUGGGGACCCUACUGCGUGAUAGGCCUGGUGGCGGCGGCAGCAGGGGACUACCCCUUCACGCCGCUCAUGGACACCGUGGCCGUUUGGAUGGCGUGGGCCAACGGCGCCAUCAACCCGCUCAUUUACGCCAUCCGCAACCCCAAUAUAUCCAUGCUGCUGGGGCGCAAUCGGGAAGAGGGCUACAGGACUAGGAAUAUUGCCGCCUACCUGUGUACACAGGGUCAGAGCAGAGAGGCCAGAGGACGGGCUGACCCCAUACGUGACCGUUACGGUAACCGUCACGGUCAGGGGAGCCGGGUAUCGUCCUCCAGUCCGGCCAACGGUGGCGACGUGGCCAUGUGGGCUUGUAAGAACCCGACUGUGCUGUUUUGCAGAGAAAGUCAGCCGGACACUGUGACCGAACCGCCACUCAUGAAGUCCGAAACGGUGGACACAAGCCUUUAGUGACCCUGACUAUAACUCUGUCCACAUGGUACAAAAGCCGGAUCAUCACGUGUAGCUGGCUUGGGACAUAAAAAGCUCUGGGACUAUAAAAAUGAAAUCUGCCUAAUGUGAAAAGGGAGAAAUCUAAUCCCGAACAUGACCUAAUAGAGCGAUGAAGUCAGUUAUGGGAUUCAUUUGCCAAAUAUGGUGUUUACGUGGGUUGGCGGUCACCUUGCAUAUUUUUGGCCAAAAUAGCCAAGAUGUCGAAAUUUGCCAUUUUGGUCAUCUUAACAACCUGGCUGUUUUGAUCUCCGUUUUAAAAGUCAAUGUCAGCCCUCUGUCAGUAAACCCCUACACCAGACCAUACUGUGACACUCCGAAAUGCUGUUAAUGGCAGUGAUUGCUCUUUUUAUACCGUUCUUUCCCUUAAUAUUUUUGAUGGGGUUUUUUGUUGCUUUUUUAUGUAAAGUGUAUUAUAUACAAAAAAAGGAUAAAACAUUUUGCAAACUGUCCUGUUAACAGGGCUCUAUCACGGGUAAAAAUAUUUAUUUUUUUGGUGAAAUGUGUGAUGCAGAAUUGUACAAAAUGUGGUUUUUUUUUUUUGUUCUUGCUUGCUAAUCAUAUUCAAAUGUUUUCCAGGCUCUGGAAAAUGCAGGGUUAAUUCAGAGGGCCAUUUGGUUAAUGAGAUCUGAUAGACUCUCUUGCUGUGAGAUAUUGUUUACAUUUAAUUGCUACAGUGAAACAGAAGAAAUGAUGUUAUUGGUGUGAAACUGUUUCAUUUGUAGUUCAUGUAUUGCAGAAAGUUGAGCAGGGAAUUUUAGUUUUAGCAUUUAAAAUGCACAGGUCAAGGUACCAGUAAUUCAGUUUAAUCUAGUAAAGGCCAGGUUUUUGGCAGAGUCCUCGUACUAAAUGGCAAAAAUUGACCUUAUAGAGUUAAUGCACACGUAAGUUAAAAUCCACAUGAGAAUUAAUUGGGACAUAUUGUAGCGUUUCAGUGGCAACAUUUUAUGGCAAUUCACAGUACAUUUGCUCCAGAAUCAGACCAUCCAAAUUAGCCUUGAAAGUGCCCCCAAAAGUCCUGGGUAAUGCAUCCAUGAAUAACGAGCUGUAGUCCCCAGUAACUCCAUGCACACUAAAGGCUUUCCAACAAGCAGGUGGAUAGCCACUGAUGGUGCAUUAAUACAUUGGAUGGGCUCUACCUGCCCAGCAGUGCUCUCCUCCCCUUUACUUGAUAUGUGUCGAGUGAGAUGUUGCUAAUAUAGCGAUUGGGCAGCCCCUUGCCCUCUGAUAUUUUUUUUUUAUUUUUUUAUUUUUUAUUUUUUUUCCAUCAGUAUUUUUUAUUUUACCCAAUGUCAGAUAUUGUAAAUUCUGCUCCUUUCCCUGUAGAAAUGCAUAAACACCAGCAUCUCCAACUCUGCUAGUCUGGAGGCAAAUCCAUAAAUAUUCUGUGACUUUCUCCAGGCAUCCUUAUCGAGUGAUAUCUGUUAUCAUUGAAUUCACUAAUUGUGCCUGGUCAUCGUGUGAUGAUGUUAGUUUA